GAUUUGGCUUCUAGACACUGAGACCCGGGUGUGGGCACCCUCCCCAAGUUCCCUACAAAUUCCCCACGCACAUCAGCCAGGGACCUCGGUGGGGUCAUCUGGUUACACAGAGCCAGGGCCGGCUGCUCACCCCAGAGGGACAGAGCCCUUCUCCUCGCCUCCCGGGCCCAUCUGGCUGCACAAGCCCUCUAACACCUGACUUACAUCCCGCGGUGGAAGAAGCUUCCAGGGACAGAUAACAUGGCGGCCAGCGGGAAGACCGGCAAGGCUGCACCAAACCAUGUUAUCUUCAAGAAGAUCUCCCGGGACAAAUCGGUGACCAUCUACCUGGGGAAGAGAGACUAUAUAGACCAUGUUGACCAAAUAGAGCCUGUGGAUGGUGUUGUGUUGGUGGAUCCUGCACUUGUGAAGGGAAAGAAAGUGUACGUCUCUCUGACCUGCGCCUUCCGGUACGGCCAGGAAGACAUCGAUGUGAUUGGCCUGACCUUCCGCAGGGACCUGUACUUCUCCCAGGUCCAAGUGUUCCCUCCUGUGGGGGCCGUGGGGGCCCCCACAAAGCUUCAGGAGAGCCUGAUGAAGAAGCUGGGGGAGAACACAUACCCCUUCCUGCUCACGUUUCCUGACUACUUGCCCUGUUCAGUGAUGCUGCAGCCUGCUCCACAAGAUACGGGGAAGUGCUGUGGGGUCGACUUUGAGGUCAAAGCAUUCGCCAGAGACAGCACGGAGGACGAGGAGGACAAAGUGCCCAGGAAGAGCUCCGUGCGUUUACUGAUCCGCAAAGUACAGCACGCACCCCUGAAGAUGGGCCCCCAGCCCCAAGCAGAGGCCGCCUGGCAGUUCUUCAUGUCCGACAAGCCCUUGCACCUCGCGGUCUCCCUUGACAAAGAGAUCUAUUUCCAUGGGGAAUCCAUUACUGUGACCAUUACUGUGACCAACAACACAGACAAGACAGUGAAGAAGAUUAAAGCAUUAGUGGAACAAGUGGCCAACGUGGUUCUCUACUCGAGUGAUUAUUACACCAAGCCGGUUGCCGAGGAGGAAACACAAGAGAAAGUGCUACCAAACAGCACUCUGACCACGAGACUGACACUGUUGCCCUUGCUGGCCAACAACCGUGAGAGAAGGGGGAUCGCCCUGGAUGGGAAGAUCAAGCACGAGGACACGAACCUGGCAUCCAGCACCAUACUGAAGGAGGGCAUAGACCGGACCGUCCUGGGCAUCCUGGUGUCUUACCACAUCAAGGUGAAGCUCACGGUGUCAGGCCUUCUUGGAGAGCUGACCUCCAGUGAAGUGGCCUCUGAGGUGCCUUUCCGCCUCAUGCACCCCCGGCCCGAGGACCCAGCAAAGGACAGUUUACAGGAUGAAAAUCUGGUUUUCGAGGAAUUUGCUCGCCAAAAUCUGAAAGACUCGGGAGAAACUGAGGAAGGGAAGAAAGACCGGGAGACCGCGGAUGAGUGAAGAGGUCGCCCUUGGCACUGGGGAAACGGGGUAGUUCACAGCCUGAUGAGCGGAGCUCCACAGUUAGUCCUUUAGUUAUGCUAAAUACCGAAGCGUGGGUCUACUCACAGAAAUAAAGUUUGUUCUGCUCUGA